GCAGUUGGUCCGGCGGAUGAUGAAUGAGGAGAGGUUUGAUAAUCCCAUUUACAGCAAUGGUCCAAUGGGCCUCACCGAAGGAGACCGGGAAUCCUUACGGACACCGUGCAACCGAACUCACCUCUCAGGUUCCGAAUGCUUAAGAAGACACUACAUACUACUGCUGUGUGUGGUAGUAGUGGGGUGUACUGUGGCUGUCAUAAGUCUGUUUGCCCAGAAAAACUAUCAAAUUGCACAGAGACAGCAGUCAAAUAUUGAACCCUCUGCGGCAGAGAGAGAAGAGAUGAAGUCUCUGAAAUCAGAGGACUACGGCGUUCUUCUGAAUAUGAUUUUAAAGCAGGAAGGGUGGCGGUAUAUCAACUCCAGUUUGUACUACAUCUCUACUGAGACCAAGUCCUGGGGUGAGAGCAGACCUUACUGCCAACGAAAGGGAUUGGACCUGGUGACCAUAAACAGCAAAGACGAAGAGGACUUUCUCCUUGACGUGGUCCGUGCAAAGAAAUUGGAUGUAGUCUGGAUUGGUUUUUCUCCCAACAACACAAAGGAGAUAUCUACACGGGUGAAGAGAGGUGCGGGGCCAGAAGAAGAUGCUCAGGAAGAGGACUGUGCUAAGCUUAUGGUAUAUGAGACACCUGCAGUGAAAGAAGUAACCGGGAGACAAUGUGGGACACAAAAAUACUGUAUUUGUGAAAAAUACCUGGAUGUCAAAUACAAUGUAAGCAAGAGAAACCGUUAACUGGUUCUUCUGAAAGGAUUCUACUUCUUUUUAAAAAUGGAGGGAACGACUGCUAGCUUCAAUGU